UCAAAUGUUGCUUGUGGGCCAUUGAACCAACCAUCGCGAUUCGUGUCGUGGGCGGACCGGCAGAAGCGGAGCGACCGAUGGAAGGAUAGCCGAGCCAAAGCAAGCCGAGAAGCUUCCAUUCUUCCCAUCCGCGGCCAAGGCGGUGCCCCAUGUAGCGGAGAUUUCCAUGCUCUGAGAAAGGCGCGAGGGAGCAGCUCCUCAUCCUCUUCUAGAACAAUCAUCAGCCUCCGAUGGUCUCCUCGCUGCAUUUCUCCCCGGGAAUGCUCCUCUCAAGCGAGACGCUGCACCGACUCUCCGCCGUCGCCCGCCCGUCUUCCUGCCGCUCCAGACCUUCCAGGUGGCCGAGAUUCUCGCCUCCCGCUUCCUCUACCAAAGCUUCUUGGGCUGAUCUGAGUGGCAGCUCGAAUGACGGCGUCGAAGGCUGGUUCCUUCCUAGACGCCGGACGAUCGAGGAAUUGAAAUAUGGGCCGAGACUUCACUUCGUUACCAUUGGGGCUUCUGCUGCGAUUUUUUUGGCCGCGCUCACGUAUUUCUGUCAGUUAAAGAAAGGCUUUCAGUUUUGCUUUACUAUUCCACCAAAUGCGAUUCAAGAGAAGUUGAUGCCAUUAACAUCUGAAAAACAUCCAGAAGGGGAUGUUGCAUCCUCCAAAUCUGUUGUUGAUGAGAUUUCAGAGUCCAAGAUUGAGGAAGAAGUUGAGUUGAAAGGGAAUGCUUCAGCAUGUUUAUUAUUGUUACUCUGAUUCAGAUGUAUUUAACUAAAACUAUGAUUUCAUGGCUUAUUAAUUGUCUGUAGUAGUAUCUGCAUGAUAAGGAUGAGUGUGAAUCAUUAGAGUGCAUACAUUUUUUUUGUUGGUUGUCAUCUUGGAUAUAAGCAGAGUAGUGACCAGGAAAUUAUCCUAGUGGGGUCAUUAAAUUUAAGAACAAUAACUUUAAUAUGGAUAGAUUAGAUAAUACACAGAUGAGAUGAUGAGCAAUGUAUGAAGAUGAGCAUAACAAACAAAAAAUUUAACAGAGAUAAUAUAACGAGAGCAGUGGCAAGCGGCAAUGACGAGGGGUAGAUGACAGAACAGUGCAACUCGAUUACCAAACUAGGUUUUGGUGAUGGGGUUAUCGACACUCUUGCUGAUUGCCAGCGACUAGAGAACGUGAACUAAAACAAUGAGAGAUGCGAGAGUGUUUCAACUCAAACCAAAUCUAGCUUGUAAUUCUGAUUCAAUUUUGUUUCUUGACCAACUCAGUUUGAUUUGGUUUGAAUUGACAGGAUGAAAAACAAAUACUUCAGUUUCUGUUUGAUUAUCUGUGAUCCAAAUCAGAUAUAAAAUUAAAUUUAUUUUUUUUUAAAAUAAUAGAAAAUAUUUUUCAUUGAUGUUUAUUGUGAAUCAUUCAAUAUUUAUAAAUUUUUUAUCAAAAAUUUAUAAUUUCAAUUUAGUUUUUGUGUUCUAUUUUAUAAGAUAAAAUUUAGUCAAUAAAUCUUAUAACUUAAUAAUAAAACUAAAAAAAUAUAACGGCACAAGUGCAAAUUCAGUUCAAUCUUCAGGUUGAUUUUGAUUCAGUUUACAUGCUUAUUUGGCUUGAUUGGUUUUAUCUGUAAUAUAUAAAUAUAUAUGCAACUAAUAUGAAUUUCUAAUAUUUCCUUGUUAAAUCUAGUGGGAUAGAUAUGCUCCUGUACUGGAGUAUAUACUACUGGAUUUAUUAUUAUUUUUUUUCCAGUCUUGUUAUUUGUUUACUUAAAAUUUUACGUGAUAUUCUAGUUUUUGUGCUUACUUUGUUUUUGUUUUCUUUGAAUGUUAAAGAAUCUGGAGGGAGAAAAGAAGUUGUUAUUCCAGUUGCACCCGACGUCAUUCAACAGGAAGCUGUAUCUGUCUUGAUAAAGCUGAAGAUUAUGGAAGAUGAUGUCAUUGCUGAGGAAUUGUGUACCAGGAGCGAAUAUGCAAGAUGGUUUAUUAAAAUCAAUUGUUUAGAAAGGAACCCAAAAUACAAGAUACUCUCAAAUCCUGUGAUUGUUGGUCCAGUCAUUACAUUCUUUGACGAUGUGAAUCCUGACAACCCUGAUUUUUGGUACAUUCAGUCACUUGCAGAAGCCGGCAUAGUCCUCAGCAAACUAUCUGCUUUGACCUUUACUAGCACAUUGAACAAUGGUGUUGUUAGUGGCCCAAAAAAAAUUCAACUUUUACCACAAAGUUUCCUAUCACGGUUUGAUCUGCUAAACUGGAAAGCUCUCUUAGAAUAUUCACUUCCCUCUAAAUUUGAUGUGGAGAUGUUAAGAAAUGAAGUGAACAUUCUCGAUAUUACCACCGAUAGAGAUGUAUCACCACAUGUAUUGGUAGAUCUGAUGGCCAGUGACAACAGCAUAACAAGAAGAACUUUUGGUAACAUUAGACGACUUCAACCAUGCAAGCCUGUGACCAAAGCACAAGCUGCAGUAGUAUUGAUUAGUGGCAGAAUGGCAGAAGCAAUUCAACAUGAAAUAUCAAGACUUGAGGCUGAAAAGAUGUCUAGGCUACAUGACGAGGAGGAAAUCAGAUCUGAGUUGAUACAAAAAGGUGAUAUACAGAGGUUUUGGGAGGGGGAGCUAGAAAAAGAACAAGAACGAUUUUUAGUGGUUGAAAAGGAACUCAAAGUUGCAUUGCUCAGUCUGGAGGAUGAGAAAAAAGCUCUAAAUGAUAGUCUAAUUGACUAUGUAAAAGAGAAAGGAGAACUCACCUGUCGGGAAAAACUGCAAAAAUGUCUGAAAGAGGAAGUUGAUCAAAUGUAUGAUAAUCUCGCAAGUGAGAGAGCUGAUCUUUUAUCUGAGCAGCAAAAUUUGGAAAGAUACUCUACUGAACUAUGUGCAAAGCAGGAUGCAGUUGUUGAAGCUAAAUCAAUCUUGGAAGCCGAAAAAGAAGCUAUUAGGAUUGUUAGGUCUUGGGUGGCGGAAGAAGCAAUGCAAAUACAGAGUAGAGCUGAUGUCCUUGAACAAGUUGUACUGAGAUGGCGAUACAACAGCGGGUCUGGGCAUUCACAGAAUUUUUCAUCCAACAGCAAGUGCUCAGAUUGAAAUUAAUGUGGGAAACAGUCAUCUAUAUCGUAGCUUUGUGUUCGCCUUCUUUUUGUUGGAGAUUGGGUGCCUUGGUUGAUAAUGGUUCCUCCAUCCAUCGAGAGUUUUUGUUUUAGUAUGACAAAACCUGGUCGGCAAAUUGUCAUUAGGAUAUCGUGUCUUGUGGUACUCGCCACAGCUUAGGUUGAAGCUAGUUUCUUCAAGCAUGAUGUUGAAGGUUCCCCAGGUUAUGGAAGAAUAAUGCAUCGCAUUGCUCUUGUUUACAUGAUCUUGCUGUAUUAAGUAUCCAGAUUUGUAACAAAAAAUCAGUCAUUUGUAACCCAUGGAUUUGGGUUCUCUUGUUGGAUCAGAAAU